CUUCACACCCGGAGCAACAAAGCGUUACUGAGGAGGAGCAGAACCUGAAGAUGUUUCCAGACACAACAGUAACGGAAGAAACACACACUCCUCCACCAGAUGAACCCCAGGGCUUGCAUGGCGGUGAUGGUGGACUGGAGGAGACAGAAGAAAGGAUUAUAGAGGAUGAGGAAGUCAAGGCUCCAGUGCAGCUGAAAACAGAGUUCCUCAGGGCUCUAAAGGACAAAGAUCUUCAGCUUGCCAGUAAACUCUGUCAGAUAAUUCUCAUCUACGAACCAGAGCAUCCAGAGGCUUCGGAGUUCCUCCCACUGAUCCGAGACAGGCUGCUGGAAGAGCAAGAGGCAGAGCACCGCUGUGAGGACGAUGAAGACAGUGAUGAGGAUGGUGACGAUGACUCUGACAGUCAUGAAGAUUCUCGAGCCUCCAGCAGCUCUUCUCUGUCAGAUGAUGAUGAUGAUGUUGAUGAUGAAGAUGAUGAAAGAACAACCUCCUCUAAAACCACAGGGUCGAUCCAGGUGAGGCUGUGA